AUGACGAACGAUGACGCGCAGAGGGCUCUUCAAGCGACGAUCAGGGCCGUACCGCCAUCGAGCCAAGAGAAGCCCGCGCUGCUCGAUGUCGAACUGACGGCGUUUGACGCGGUCCAUGUGGUCUCAGUCGAGCUGACGGUCGAUGGCGUGCCUCAAGAGCGCCUCAGACCUCUUCAGAAGACGCAUCCGAGCGAUCUGAGUGACGGCGACGUGCUCGGACUAUGCUAUCUUCUCGAUGUUGGCCCGACGACGAUAUUCGAGAUGGACGAGCUCGCGGAGCAGCCCAAGCAAAGCGAACCUUUGCUCUCUGGUGUCGGGAUGACCAGGUCACUCAGUCGGCUGUCUGCCAUAAGCCAACAUCGUCCGACCGAACGGCUAUAUACCGUGCGGCUGAGCAUCAAAUGGAGACGAAAAUCGGAGGAACAACCCAAAAGCGGCGACUGGGUCUGGCGCAUACCUGCGCCCGAGCGACCAGAUGCACCAGACAAAGACCUCAUCCUGACCGUAUCGCUCGUACCUCUGGCAGAUUCGGUCGAGAUGGAUGAGCAAGUCAGUCUGCCAAUUCCGGAACACAUUGGGCUACUCGACAUCUUUCUCAUCGAGCUCUUUGUCGUCAACCGCACGCAACACACCUGCGAUCUCAUAUUCGACUUUACAGAGCCGGUCGGCGAUGCUCAAGAAUCAGAUGAGAGCGAUACCACGGCUAUCGUGCCACUGGAGAAUCGGGUCAAGCUUGGCCCUCUUGCGCCUGGAACGUGCCAGUCUGUGCCAGGACCGAACAAUGCGGGCGACAGUGCUUCUGUCCAGGUGGAAACGCACCACGAGGAUAUGAUCCACGAUGCGCAGCUCGACUUCCAUGGCAAGCGGCUAGCGACUGCUUCUAGCGACCGCACAGUCAAAGUCUUUGACGUCACGCCCAACGGCCAGUACGCACUCGUCGACACGCUCAGAGGGCACGACGGGCCGGUAUGGCAGAUUGCAUGGGCACACCCCAAGUUUGGCGGCAUCCUUGCCUCUGCUUCGUAUGACGGCAAAGUGUUUGUCUGGCGAGAAUCACCGGCACCGUCACAACCGGCUCAGUCUGCGCAAGGCUAUGGCUAUCAAGCCGGACCAUACGGUCAUCAGGCGCAAGCCGGUCUCGGAAGUUGGUCAAAGAUCAAGGAGCACACGCUGCAUAAUGCCUCGGUCAACUCGAUCAGCUGGGCACCGCACGAGCUCGGACCGAUACUCGCUUGCGCUUCGAGCGAUGGUAAAGUCAGCGUGCUCACGUUCAACAACGAUGGGACAUGGGACGCGUCGCUCUUUGUCGCCCAUCUGAUAGGCUGCAAUGCUGUCUCUUGGGCACCUGCUACUAUGCCUGGCUCGCUCAUCCAGCCCCAAUCCGCCGCGCUCGCACCGCAAGCGCAGAACGGUCAGGCUGGGCCAGGCGGGGUGAGCAGCGUUCGUCGAUUCGCAAGCGGCGGAUGUGACGGCUUUGUCAAGAUCUGGGGAUGGAGAGACGACACAAAGACUUGGGCAGAAGAAGAAGUUUUAGAAGGACACACAGAUUGGGUUCGCGAUGUCGCAUGGGCACCCAAUAUCGGGAUGCCGAAAAGCUAUCUCGCCAGCGCAGGACAGGACAAGCAAGUCUUUAUCCAUAUUCAAGACCGACCCGGUGCGCCAUGGACGCGAACGCAGCUCGAUCCUAGCACAGCGGCUGGCGCGACAUCCACGAUACCCGGUCAAUUUGCAGAUGUGGUCUGGAGAGUCAGCUGGAGCAUAGCCGGACAGGUCCUGGCAGUGUCGGGCGGGGAUGGCGUGGUCACGCUCUGGAAGGAGAGUCUCAAAGGCUCAUGGGAGUGUGUCAGUGAUGUCAAAGCAUGA